CUGAUCUCAAGCACCUGCCUCUACAGUUGGUAAAGAUGAUAUUAUUCCAGCCUGUUCCUUUCUCUGCCACGGAGAUCCUCUUGGCCUCUGCCAUCUUCUGCCUGGUAUUCUGGGUGGUCAGGUCCUGGAAGCCACAGGUUCCCAAAGGCCUAAAGAGUCCUCCAGAACCUUGGAGCUGGCCCUUGAUUGGGCACAUGCUGACCCUUGGGAAGAGCCCACACCUGGCACUGACACACCUGAGCCAGCGGUAUGGUGACGUGCUGCAGGUGCGCAUUGGCUGCACACCCGUGCUGGUGCUGAGUGGCCUGGACACCAUCCGGCAGGCCCUGGUGCGGCAGAGUAAUGAUUUCAAGGGCCGGCCUGACCUCUAUACCUUCACCCUGAUCACUGACGGCCAGAGCAUGACUUUCAACCCUGACUCUGGACCAACAUGGGCUGCCCGCCGGCGCCUAGCCCAGAAUGCCCUCAACACCUUCUCCAUAGCCUCGGACCCAGACUCCUCAUCCUCCUGCUACCUGGAGGAGCAUGUAAGCAAGGAGGCUGAGGUCCUCCUCAGCAAGUUUCAGAAGCUGAUGGAAGAGAUGGGGUGCUUCGACCCCUACAACCAGGUGGUGGUGUCGGUGGCAAAUGUCAUUGGUGCCAUGUGCUUUGGGCACAACUUCCCCCAGAGCAGUAAAGAGAUGCUCAGCCUCAUAGAGAACAGCCAUGAGUUUGUGGAGUCCGCCACCUCCGGGAACCCUGUGGAUUUCUUCCCUUUCCUUCGCUACCUGCCCAACCCCACCCUGCAGAAGUUCAAGACCUUCAACCAGAGGUUCGUGCAGUUCCUGCAGAAAACAGUCCAGGAGCACUAUAAGGACUUUGACAAGAACAGUGUCCAGGACAUCACGAGUGCCCUGUUCAAGCACAGCGAGGAAGGCUCCAGAGCCAGUGGUGGCCUAAUCCCACAGAAGAAUAUCAUCAACCUUGUGAAUGACAUCUUUGGGGCCGGGUUUGACACAAUCACAACAGCUAUCUCCUGGAGCAUUAUGUACCUUGUGACAAAGCCUGGGAUACAGAAGAAGAUCCAGAAGGAACUGGACACAAUGAUUGGCAGGGACCGGAGGCCCCGGCUCUCUGACAGACCUCAGCUGCCCUAUAUGGAAGCCUUCAUCCUGGAGAUCUUCCGACACUCCUCCUUUGUUCCCUUCACCAUCCCCCACAGCACAACAAAGGACACAACACUGAAUGGCUUCUACAUCCCCAAAGGGCGCUGUGUCUUUGUAAACCAGUGGCAGGUCAACCAUGAUGAGAAGCUCUGGGAGGACCCAUUUGAGUUCCAGCCAGAGCGAUUCCUCACUGCCAAGGGCAGCACCAUCAACAAGGUCUUGAGUGAGAAAGUGAUGCUCUUUGGCAUGGGCAAGCGUCGGUGCAUUGGGGAAGUCGUGGCCAAGUGGGAGAUAUUCCUCUUCUUAGCCGUCCUGCUUCAGCGGCUGGAGUUCAGCGUACCACCUGAUGUGAAAGUGGACCUGACCCCCAUCUAUGGGCUGACCAUGAAGCAUCCCCGCUGCAAACACAUCCAGGCACGGCUGCGCUUCUCCAUCAAGUGAUGAAAGCUAUACUGUGCUGAGGC